CCAAACCAUCGUAGUCUAUCAGAACUCAGAAGUAGCAGUAGUAGUAGCGUCCAUAACCAUAACUGCUAAUAUACAUGUGUUAUGCUCUGUCGAGAUCUCAUUCUUGAUCGAAUUGGCCCCUAACCCUAACUAGGGCGAAUUCAGGGACUCUUUUCUCUGUCUUGAUUUCUUGCAUGCAAUUUACUCGGACCCCUUAUAUUUUCUAGUGAGUAUGGAUGCGGCUAUCUUGUGUGGUAACAGUCUGUUUGCUUAGGCUUGUCGUUAGAUAGAGAAGCUUAAGAAAAGCUAUUGCUGCAAUGGGCGAAGAGGAUACCUAUACCAGAGAUGGAACAGUGAACAUCCAUAAAAAACCUGCUAAUAAGUUGAAAACUGGAAAUUGGAAGGCUUGUCGCUUCAUUCUUGUGACCGAGUGCUGUGAGAGGUUGGCAUACUAUGGCAUGAGCACCAAUUUGGUAAACUAUCUUAAGAUACGUCUCAACCAAGAGAAUGCAACUGCAUCAAACAAUGUAACAAAUUGGUCAGGAACGUGCUAUAUUACACCACUGAUUGGAGCGUUUCUAGCUGAUUCUUACCUGGGACGAUAUUGGACCAUUGCGUCUUUUUGUACAGUCUAUGUUAUUGGAAUGACACUCUUGACAUUAUCUGCUUCAGUUCACGGGCUAAAACCAGAAUGCGACAAGAAUGGUUGUCACCCUACAACAUCACAGACAGCAAUCUGCUUUUUGGCUCUCUACUUGGUUGCACUUGGAACUGGUGGGAUAAAACCAUGUGUCUCCUCAUUUGGUGCGGAUCAGUUUGAUGAUAAUGAUGAGAAAGAGAAGAAAAGGAAGAGCUCUUUCUUCAACUGGUUUUAUCUCUCAAUAAAUAUCGGUGCUCUUAUUGCUUCGUCAGUUCUGGUGUGGAUACAGAUGAAUGUGGGCUGGAGUUGGGGAUUUGGGAUUCCAGCCGUUGCUAUGGCUAUUGCUGUUGCAUUUUUCUUCUUUGGAAGUCGUCUGUAUCGGAUCCAAAGACCAGGAGGGAGUCCCCUGACACGAAUUGUUCAGGUGUUGGUUGCAUCACUGAGAAAAUUUAAUGUAAAAGUUCCAGCUGAUAAGUCUCUUCUCUAUGAAACUACUGAUAGUGGAUCUGACAUCCAAGGAUGCCGCAAGCUUGAGCACACAGAGAAAUUCAGGUUCCUCGACAGAGCUGCAGUACAGACAGAACCUAUCAAUGUCAAGGGGGUUGUUAAUCCAUGGAGACUCUGCACAGUUACCCAAGUUGAGGAAUUCAAGUCAAUAAUCCGACUACUACCCAUUUGGGCUACCGGGAUAGUAUUCUCUACCGUAUACAGUCAGAUGAGCACAAUGUUUGUUUUGCAAGGCGACACCAUGGACCAGCACAUAGGUUCCAAAUUCAAGAUCCCAUCUGCAUCCCUUUCACUCUUUGAUACUCUAAGUGUCAUCUUCUGGGCACCCGUAUAUGACCUAGUCAUCAUCCGCAUAGCAAGAAAGUACACCGGACAUGAGAGAGGAUUCACACAGCUCCAGAGAAUGGGAAUCGGCCUAGUCAUCUCAAUUUUUGCCAUGAUAGUUGCCGGUGUGCUGGAGGUCUUUAGGCUCAACUAUGUGAGGAGGAACAACUACUAUGAUCUCGAGAUCAUCCCUAUCUCCAUAUUCUGGCAAGUUCCGCAGUAUUUUCUGGUUGGAUGUGCAGAAGUUUUCACAUUCAUCGGACAACUGGAGUUCUUCUAUGACCAAGCGCCAGAUGGUAUGAGAAGCUUGUGCUCAGCUCUUUCGCUCACGACUACCGCUUUGGGUAAUUACUUGAGUACACUGCUGGUAACGAUUGUGACUACAGUGACAACGAGACACGGGAAGCUAGGAUGGAUUCCGGAUAAUUUGAACAAAGGGCACCUUGAUUACUUCUACUGGCUCUUGGCCGUCCUUAGUUUUAUCAACUUCUUGGCUUAUGUGUUGAUUGCAAAAUGGUACACCUACAAGAAAGUGGCUGUAACCUCGAUGGCUCAGAGCAAGAUUGAGGAUUGAGUCUGCUAAGUUUUCAAUGUUUAUUCUUGUUUCUAGUAAAGUACAUUAAGGUUCUUGUAAAUACUGCAUGCAGAUGAUGGGAAACUACUGCUCAAAACACGUAUGCUCUUUGUCCUC